AUGGUAAUUAUGCCGAACGAUUGUUUGACGAAUAAGAGUUUUAUGUCAACGAAAAAAUGUAUGUUCAAUUUGAAACGGUCGAGGAGAAAGUUCACAAUAAUGAUUUAUAUUUUAUCGAAAAUUUAUCAGAAUAUAACAACGCAUAACGCUUGUACGACCAGGGAAUUGUAUUAUGGAAAUACAAUUUUAUUCCAGAACAAUUUGAAUGUUCGUAAAGCUCUUAUCAACAUAUGCUGUUUGUUGGGUACUACGUCUUGGAACCUUGGCAUCACACUUACUUCUAGUGGUUUAGUUGCUGGCGAUUUGAUUGUACAUUUGUGCGACGGUGAAAUUAUAGAUUGUUCAAUAACUCCAGAGGGCGUUCAAAUACCUCAAGAUAUUUUAUCAAUCCAGCACUUCCAAACAAACGCUAAAUAUAUUUUAAUAGUUGAAAAAGACGCGUCAUUUCAAAAAAUGCUCAAUGAAGGUAUCAUGAAAGUACAAAACAAUCAUUAUCCAUGCAUAAUGAUAACUGGAAAAGGAUUUCCCGACAUUAAUACAAGGUUAUUCGUUAGGCAGCUAUAUAUCAAAUCGAAUCUACCAAUACUAGCUUUAGUUGACGCUAACCCAUAUGGCAUUGAAAUCAUGUGCACUUAUAGAUUUGGAUCAAAAGAAAUGGCACACCAAAAUGAAAUGUUAUCUGUGCCGUGCAUAAAAUGGUUGGGCGUUCACCCUUCAGAUAUAGUGUCGUUAAAUCUUCCAACUACUCCAUUGAGCGUACUAGACCGACUAAAAAUCGAAUCUCUUUUAAAAAGACCUUACAUACGUUCUAAUCAUCAGAUUUUGCAGCAGCUUUUAGCCCUGAAGUACCUAAAUAAGAAAGCUGAAAUCGAGUCCUUAACCACGUUCACGUCAAGUUAUCUCACUGGAGUGUAUAUCAAAGAGAAAUUGCUCAGUCAUGAAUUUUACUGA